CACUGCUCUUCCACACAACGCCAUCACUCCCUGCUUUGCGCGCAGCUACAGUAAUAGAGGCAAAGAUGCUGCCUAUUUUUCAGCUGCUGUCUUUAGCCAUGCUUUCAUUUCCCGUUUAUAACGCGGUGUACACGGGUCCUCUACAGGCUGAGAUAUCAAACGGCACCUUUCACCACUUCUUCGUUCCCGACGGCGACUACGAGGACACCGAGGACCCGGAGAGAUGCCAGAUGCUGUUUAAGUGGCUGGACCCGUCGCCGUGUUUGGCGGAAGAGGAGCGGGACUCGGUUAUCCGCGACGACUUCAUCAGCGUCAAGCAACAAGUCGAGGACUCGGCACGAGUUCUGGAGAGUCUCGAGAGAAGUAUCUCAUACGAUCUGGAUGGAGAGGAAACGUACAGCAAGUACCUAAGGAAAGAGAUAGAUCAAAUCACUGAGGCUUUUUCCGGCGUUGAGAAAUCGCUCAUCGAGCUCGAGGUGAAAUUCAAGCAAGGUCAAGAGUCGGAACAGAGAGAGGAGCAGGAGUUCACCAAAACCCUGAUGAACCCCAUGCAGAGUGUGAGGAGCUCCCUGCAGGAGACAGUGGACAUCUCCUCCGGCCUCAAGGACAAACACGAGCUCAUCUCUCUCAUCAUCCGUAGCCAUGGCACCAGGUUAAACCGACUUAAAAACGAAUACUUGAACAUUUAGUGGUUUAAGAAAACUUGUUCUCUGAUUAUUUAAGCUCUAGACUCUAAAUGGUUUGAAGCAUUAGUGUAUCCUCCUUAAAACCUUCACUCACAUAGGUACUGUACAUGAAAAGAUAUGGGCUGGAUAGAUGUUUCUGAAGACUCCUCAGGAAAACAAUGCACCUGAACAUUGUAAAUAAUUUCCAGUUACUAUGUAAACAGCAUCAUGAACUGUUUGUACUAAAUGACACUAUGGCACACACUACAGCCACACUGACUUCUGAAUUAUUGAGUAAUUGCCAUUUAAAAUAUGUUUACUUCUUAUACUUUUGUGAUUUCUUCAUUUUUAUAGCACAAAUGAAACUUUAUUAGACAAAACCUGCCAUAAUUUUGUUUUGUACACACAGUUUUGUCCAAUUCAUAUUUCAAAUGUGUUUAUAUAACCCAAGGAGGUCAGUAGGGAUUUCCCCCCCCCAGAUUGAUUCAAGUCUAAACUAAGAGCAGAACUGGUGGUGCUCAGGAAGCUGGUGCAGAGAGAGGCUAUUUCCUCUACCAUAUAGAAGUGUGUGUACCUUCUCCCCUUACAACACAUGGAAGAAUGAUUAAACUGGGUAAUGUAAAGCAAGUGACCCUUUCUUCCUUUCCCCGACCUCAGCAGAGUCUAGACAGUUCAGUAACGUUUCUGCUACGGGAUAGUUAAACUGCUGACAUAAUCCUCACUAACACAAUCAUUUCACUUCUUAUUUUAACUUUAACCACAGCUUCACAUUCAUUCUAGACUAAACACCAUAAUGAUGUGCACAUGCAACUGUGUCUAUCCACACUCCCAAAGGGAAUGUCCAAAGCCUUUCCUGUUGGUUAGUCUCUGAAAUUCUGGUUGACUCUAGAAGGAACGUGAAAUUGCUGACGGCAUAAAGUCAGCAGAUUUGGUCUUUAUUCACCGGCAGCUUAAAUCUGUCCAUCUGGAUUUGGUUUCUGGUUGCUGAACAAAGAAAAAAGAUGUUCAAUAAGUUUAUUGCUCACAUGCUUUUAAAAAUGAGAAUCAGCAGCAGAAGUAAUUGUGAAUAUGAUGUAUAUUCUUCAAAAAAUGUUCCCCAAAAGGUUUUUGGAUAGUUUUUGGACAGAUUUUACUUGAAGCAGUCCCUGGCAGAGAAGAGAUAUAUGACACCUAGAGUGCAAUCUAAUCCUUCUAGUUGAGAUUUGUUAUAAAUCAAGUCUACAAAAAAGCAGGAGCUUUUGAUGCAGUUGUAGUCUUUUUAAAUUCCUGAUGUCAUGAUUUUUGAAAAAAACGUUGAUAAAAGUUUGAUGUUUGUACCUUUGUGUAUGUGUGUGUGUGUGUGUGUGUGUGUGAGAGAGAGAGAGAGAGAGAGAGAGAGAGAGAGAGAUACCAUCAGCAUUCUUAGAAUCUCGCUUUUGUAAACAGCAGCCGGUGCUCAUCAUUACAACUCCAUACAGACUCCAUAAACACACUCACAUACAUUCGCAUCAAAUGACUCCAAAUACCUCAACUGCUAAGUGUUCUUUUCUUUCCUAUAUUGCAGUCUAUCCAUAUUAGUUUUCUCAGUCAAUCUCAGGAAACUCCUAAAUAUGUGUGAGCCAAUUAGAGGUUAUGCCUGUCAUUUAAAUAAAUAUUUUGUCCAUAUUAAAGCAUAUCUCUUUUUAAAAUGUUCAUGCCAGAGUUCAUGACAGAAACAAUAAACGCUGAUGUACAUAC